GGUUUGACAGCUUCAAAUGGAGUAGUGCAGUCUGUGGGCCCGUUAGUUGCUUGUUGGACGAAUGACGAUGACUGACAUUGACUGACACUAUGGGGAAUGCGUGGAAGUUUAUCGUCACAUGGAUAUUAGCUGGUGUGGCGGCUCAAGACACUUUCUAUUUUAGCCCCCAGCCGCGAGAUUUGGAAGUAAUUAAGGGUCACAGUGCCACGUUGGAGUGUGGCGUAUCGAACAACAAACACAUCACUUUCUAUUGGAUGCUCGAAGACGAGAAGGUACAGAAUACGACUCGAAGAUUUCAACAGGGAAGUAAUUUGCACAUAACUCGAGUCGAUCCCCAGCAUGAUUUGGGUGAAUUCAAGUGCAUUGCAACUAAUAUAUCGACCGGCAUUUCGCUGGUGAGUCAGGCUGCUCAGAUCAACAUUCAAUGGAUAAGUGAUGUUGCCAAAGUUAAUCUUCUGCCCCAGCAAUCAAAAUUGCAGGAAGGAGGCGAAUUGGUUCUCCAGUGCAAAGUUGACGGCUACCCAGCAGUGCACGUAGAAUGGUACCAGAAUGGCCACAGGCUAUUUCGUAACGAAUACGUUACACUCCGAAGUAAGAGACUGCACAUUAGCCCUCUUCGACUGGAUGACAACGGAAUAUAUUCUUGUCGAGCUGUCAACGAGAUCGGUUCGGUUGAGAGCAACGAAAACUAUCCACUCGUUUUGGAAAGUAGCGAAGUGCCGAAGAUUGUCAAGUUACCAAGAGACGAAAUCGUUCCUGUAAACGGUUCUGCCAGAUUCGAUUGCGUUUACGAAAAUGCUGCUACAGUUACGUGGUUUGCACAUAAGACGAAAUUCUCCCUUUUGAAUGAUUCCAGAAUUACUGUUUAUAAGAAUGGAUCACUGUUGAUUUUUCCUGUACAAGACACCGAUGAAGGUUUCUAUCACUGUGUUGGUGAAAGUACUUCAAAGACUGGAUUAGUUCAAACUUAUUCUGCACGUCUACAACUUGCUUUUUUGGAAGCUAUCAAUGAAAAUAAUUUUGAGCCCCGUCCAACAAUCGACAUGAUGAUGAUAGCUCCAAAAAAUUACCAGUUUGAAGUUAUGUGCCUUCCUCCGUUAGCUCGACCUAAUCCUAAAGUUUGGUGGAAAGAUCCAUCAGGACGUGUUGUCAGCGAUUCUGGAAAAGUAAGAGUGGACGAUCUCAGAUUAAUUAUCGAUGCAGUGAAUGAAAACGAUGCUGGAAAUUAUACCUGUAUUGCUGAAAAUGCAGCAGGAAUGACAGAAAAUUCCAUUCAGCUUUUUAUAACAGUUCCACCCAGUAUAAAUUCAGAAUCAACAAUACUAUUAAUUGGUGAAGGAGAACCUGCAGUAUUAUUAUGCGAUUUUACUAGUAGUCCCUAUCCUGCCACAACAGUUCAUUGGCUAAAAGACAAGAAGUACGUCAGGACUUCUGGAACAAAUUUCAUAUUUUCACCUCAAAAUGGAACACUUUACAUUAAAAAUGUUCAAUUGAAUGAUGCUGGUUUGUAUACAUGCAGAGUAAACACAACAGGCUUUCCACCAAUACAGUCAGAACCAAUCACAUUAAAUGUUAAAGAAAAACUUAAAUUUGUCCCACCACCUGUCAAUAAGAAACUGGAACUAAAUUCAAAUGCUAAAAUUUAUUGCAAAGCUCGAGCAACAACACCACCAAAAGUUAAAUGGAUCAAAGAAGGAGGACCCCUUUAUUUCAAAUGGCCACCUCAUAUCAGAGAUGAUAACGGCACGCUACAUUUUAACUCCGUUAAAGCCGAAGAUUCUGGCAGGUACAUGUGUGUGGCAACCAGUGCUCAAGACAUAAUUAAUACCACGAUACAAGUCGACGUUAUUGUGCUUCCACAGUUUGUUGUCAAGCCAGCAGAUACCGAAGCAUAUGAAGGUUAUUCAGCCAUGAUCCAUUGCAUGGCAUCCGGAGAUCCUCUUCCAACUAUCCAGUGGGAUAAAAAUAAUAUUCUUAGUGGUUUUGAUCCGAAUAGAUUUGCAGUCAUGAAGAAUGGGACUUUAUUUGUGAGUGAAGUUCACAUGAACGAUCAAGGAAAAUAUGGAUGCACAGCAGGAAAUAGCGGGGGCUUCAAAAGAGCAGAGAUUAGCUUUGUUGUUAAAAGUUCAGAAGAUUAUGUUACUGAUCAUGUUGGACAAAAUGAUCAUGAUGCAGAAUCAAAUACUAUGACUAAAACUGUCAUGAUAACACUUGGAGCUGCAGCUAUUUACAUGACAUUAGUAAUUGGCCUGAUGAUUUGGUGCAGGUUCCGAAGGGCACGAAGGAAAGCUUUUCUUCUUGCACAGACAUCUGCAGAAGUUGCAAAAUUAGAAGAUGGAGAAAUUCCAAAUAACACAGAAAUGAAAGAAAAGACUAGAAAUGGGGAUAUUGGUGAUGGUCAUUGUAAAAGUGAUGGAGAAAUGCAGUCACACAGUUCUGGAUCACAUCAUUCAAAAAGAAGCCGUUGUUCCUAUGACAAAUUACAAUUUCCUCAACAAGAUCUUGAAAUGAUGAUGCUUUUAGGAAGGGGUGAAUACGGAGAAGUAUGUCUGUCAAAAGCUCGUGGGAUUGUUGAUGGUGAUACCGAGACUGUGGUUAUGGUAAAGAUGCUCCAGACAAAGGAUGAAAAUGCUCAUUUUGAAUAUAAGAGAGAAAUGGAAAUGUUACAUAAACUGAAUCAUAGUAAUAUUGCAAAACUUCUAGGAAUAUGUCGCGAAUCAGAUCCGUUUAUGAUGAUUUUGGAAUAUAGUGACUGGGGUGAUUUAAAACAAUUCCUCUUGGCAACACGUAAAGAUCAUUCCACUAAUGGACCAAAACCUUCACCUCCAGGCACUUCUGAUAUGAUUGGAUUAUGCCAUCAGGCAGCACUCGGAAUGGAAAAUCUGUCAAAUCGGCGUUUUACGCACAAAGAUUUAGCAGCCCGAAAUUGUUUAAUCUCAUCAAAAUUUCAUUUGAAAAUAAGUUGUGUUGGAUUAUCUCAAGACACUUAUGCACAGGAAUAUUAUUUGUUCAGAAACAGAUCGAUACCACUUCGAUGGGCCCCGGCAGAAGCCAUCUUAGAAGAUGAAUGGUCGACCAAGAGCGACGUGUGGUCCUACGCCGUCCUCAUUUGGGAAAUAUUUAACCAAGCAGAACUGCCAUUCAGUGAACUGUCAGAUAAUAAAGUGUUUCAGCUGAUAAAAAAGCAACAGUUACAAUGUCAAACUCCAAAUGGUGCUCCUGAACCACUGUGUUAUCUCUUAAAUCAAUGCUGGAACCAGAGUCCGAAAGAUCGACCAUCUUUUAGCGAGAUAGUUUUACAUAUAGAGAAUCAUGUCAUGGAUAGUAAAGUCUAAAUUAAGACCCAAACUUAACUGACAUCUUAUUGAAGACAUACAAGCAGAUAUUUUAGUAUAACUUAAAAGAUACAACAUUUUUGUUUCAGAGCAGCAAUGGAAGCAUCUAGUCAGGAAUACUACUAUGAAAUUACACAAUUAGAAACUGUUAAUUCAAAUAUGCAACAAGAUUUUAAACUAUUAUAUCAAUAUUCAGAAUACAGAAUCUUAUAACUCGUGUAAAGUGAUCAAUAUUUAUUUUUUAACCGUGAAAAAACUAGUCAUACAACAAUAAAUUCAAACAUCAUACUUGCCAUAUUUGGGGCAUACCAAUGAGUUAAUAUGUAUAAAUUUUAGCAGUAAAGUAUUUACAUGUAUAUCAACAUGGUGUUUCUAUACUCAUUUUUUCCCCCCUAGUCCAUGUAGAUAAAGUUUUCGAAAUAUAGUUUUCGUUUCAUUUACAAAAAAGAUAUUGGAGAAAACUUUUCAAAUGACAUCUAACAUGUUAAAAUAUUGGAAAAAAAAUAUUAGAUGUUAACACGUAUUUGCCAUUUCGAAACUAAGCAAACUUUGAUUUAGCAACUAAACAGUUUUGUAUAUCAUAAACUGCAUUUUUAUAAACAUUUAAAAUUUAAGUCAAUGUAUAAAAAAAAUCAUUUUGUGCCAUAAAAUGUUUACUUCAACUCUUCUAUAUU